AUGAUACCUAAAAAAGUAUAUAACUACAAUAAUAUCCGUGUCUUUGCAGUUUGUUUGGCUAUAGCUGUGAGUAUAUUAUGGUGGUUUUUAGCUUUAACAUCACGAACAUACCAUUACCAAAUUGUUGGCUUUCCAAUCAAUAAUUACAUCACAUUAGAUAUAUCUUUAUGGAAUGUAUGGGCCUCUUCUGAUUGUUCACCUAAUAUAAUGCGAAAUAGAUUAAAUAUUGAUUUCUGCAAGUUAAUAGUAUCUAAAAUAGAUCGACAAUCUAUAGGAAAUGUAAUGAGAUAUCUUUGUUUAUUAGGGUAUGGAUCGAACUCUAGAAUAUCUAGAUGCAGCUCAUUUACAGAUCUAUAUAUAGCAUCAGUUACACUUAUUAUAAUUGCAAGUAUGGUCAUUAUACUUCUUAUUUCAUCAUUAUUUUUUCUAACAGUCCUAUAUAUUACAAAGCGACUUCAACGGAUUAGAAGUAUUGUAUUGACUCAAACUAUUCUUGCUGCAAUGUUAUCAAUCAUGGGUAUAUUUUUGUAUUUGCUUAUUGGGGGUUUUUUUGUUAAUAUUGUGGGUUUUGGUAAUACAAUUAAAUCAAAUAAGAUGUCUUCAUUAUUUUUUGGAUCAUCUACUCUUGGGGUAGGAUUUUAUAUAGCAUUAUUAGCUUGUUUAUAUACAUGUUUAGUCGUCCCAUGGGUAUCUAGUGUUAUAAAUAUAAUUUCUAAAGAAGAGAUAAAUAAGGAUGAUACAGAGGCUAUUAGGCAAGCUUUGUUUGAUAUAUAUUUAGAAGAAGAAAUAGAUGAGACUCAACGAUUAUUAAUGAUGUUGAACAAUCAAAGUGGGGUUAGAAAUCAUUAA